AUGCAUCCCCAUCUACAUACCAGCCAAAACAAGAACUGCGAGGAGGUGAUGAACGCCCUCGACGAAUGCCACGCUCGCGGCUUCCUCUACAAGGCCAUUGGAAUGUGCAACGACGCGAAACAUCAGGUCAACAUGUGCCUGCGAGCCCAGCGCCUCGAGCGGACAAGAUUGAACAGGGAGGAGGCUCAGAGACGGCGCGAGAAGGUUCAGGCGCGGUGGACAGAGAUUGAUGAGAAUACAUGAGCCAUUCUUUCUAGCUGGCAAUCCGAGGGGGUCGCUCUGGCCUUUGGGUCUCAGGCAAAGCAAUAUCAGGGAGAAUGAGCUUCUUGCAUGCUCUUCAAAACAUGAAAGAACAUCUUCCGCAGACCACCAGAGCUCUCUGAAAGCGGCUCGUUCAUUGUAAAAUACUGUACAUUGGAUUGUAAAUGAGGAGUUAAAAAGUAGUGCUCGUGGAGUAAUCUAUUUGCCAAGGAAAUACCUCUUAGCCCGAGGAAAUAUUAUACUCAAAGCUGUUAAAGCAUAGUAUCUGAUAUCGUUAUUCGGAGUUCUGCUCAACU